AAUCAAGACAGGUUCCUUAAGUAAAUAAAAUAGCAAACGGUUGGAUACAGGAAGAAAAAGGAAAACAAAAUAAAAAAAAUGAAGAGGUGUGUAUGCUGUGUGAUUGGUUGUAACGCAUUAACAGCUAAUGGUGAUUAGGAAGAUUUAAAAAAAAAAAUUGAAUGAUUCUUCCCUCCCUUGGUGUGCAAGAUAGAGAUAGAUGGGUGCUUCUAUAUCAUCAUCAGUUUCCGAGAAAUCCAUCCAUCAGUUCACCGUCAAGGAUAGCUCCGGCAAGGAUGCGGACCUAAGCGUUUAUCAAGGGAAAGUGCUUCUCGUCGUCAAUGUGGCUUCUAAAUGCGGAUUCACCGAAUCCAAUUACACCCAGCUCACGGAACUUUACCAGAAAUAUAAAGAUCAAGGGUUAGUGGUCUUGGCGUUUCCAUGCAACCAGUUUCUAUACCAAGAGCCAGGCUCCAGCCAAGAGGCUCAUCAAUUUGCUUGUACUCGGUUUAAGGCCGAAUAUCCCGUUUUCCAAAAGGUGCGUGUUAAUGGACAGAACGCAGCACCGGUCUACAAAUUUCUCAAAUCAAAGAAACCUUCUUUUAUGGGAACUAGGAUCAAAUGGAACUUCACCAAGUUCUUGGUCUCCAAAGAUGGUCAAGUCAUUGAUCGUUAUGGCCCAACUGUUUCACCUCUCUCCAUCCAGAAUGACAUCGAGAAAGCCCUCGCGCAAUAAUUAUGAGAGCACAUUAAGAAGACUUUUGGACUGCUUUGGAACAACUUAUCUCUCUUAUUCAUAUCUUAAUUAUGUAUAACUAACUAUGUAGUCAUUUCUUAUUGUGAAAUUUGAUCAAAGAUAUCUCCCAGAGUCCCAG